AUAGCAUUGUGCGGUGAGAACCGCAAGGUUCGAACGAUCAGUGUUUGAUCAGCUACAAGAGUUUGAGUCUUGAAGAAAAGUCAUCGAAUGACAAGUGCCUAGAUGUGCUUCGCAAUGCUGAAUUCAAAAAUCGCACUGGUGAGAUCGAAAAAUGAAAAGAUCAGGAGAUACUCGGAAUUUUUCCGAAAAGUCGGUUUUUCGAAGUUUUUGACGCCGUCACAGUAUUUUGAGGUUUUCUGCAUGAAAACUCGAUCAAAUCGAAAAAGUAAGGUCAGAUUCGCGAUCAGCAGUGUCCAACGAAUCAGAAUAUGUGUUUGAAAAUUCAAAAGCUUUUCCAUUUGAUUUUGGAAUUAGCGGCACCUUACAGAAAAAUAUAUAAAUUUAUCGCAAAUUCCAGUUACUAUUGUCCAUGAUAAGUCAGUUAUAACAUGUGUUUAAUUUACACAUUUUGUAUUCAUGAUUUCAUAUUUCGUUUUAGAUUGGCGUAUAGACGAUUCUCAAUUCAAAAAAUCAAGAAAUGAUAAUCGUACAUUUCGUGGUAUCCAGCUAUCGAACGGUCUUGCAGCUCUUCUAAUCAGUGAUCAAACGACUCCAAAAGCUUCUGCUGCUCUCUCAGUGCACGUUGGCUCAUGGCAAGAUCCUUUAGAAGCACAAGGCUUAGCUCAUUUUCUCGAGCAUAUGCUGUUCAUGGGUACAACAAAGUAUCCAGACGUAAAUGAAUAUUCUGAUUACAUUCGUCAACAGGGUGGUGUCUACAAUGCAUUCACCGCUAAUGAACAAACGGUUUACUAUUUUGAUGUGAACAAAAACGCGUUUUCAUCCACAUUAGUUUUUUGUAAACCAAUGAGUCACAUUCUGAACAAUCCUGAACAAUACGUGUAUGAUGAAGCAAAGUUUUGGACAUUUUUGAACGCAUGUUCGCCAGACAAUAUGCAAAUACAUAUUGUAAGCAGUGUGCUAGGAAAUCAAAGCACACAAUGGCAUGUGGAACAGUGGUUCGGUGGAAGAUUCAUUAAUGAAGCUAUUUCACCGUCACUUAUUCAACGGUGGCAGUCGAGAAAGUUUGAUCCGAGUAAUAAUACAUAUCGACUUAAUUUUCCAGAUCUAAACCCGUAUCUAAAGGACGUGAAGGAAAUCGUUAAUACAAAUACGACCGUAUCAACGUCAGAUUUUACCGAUUAUCCAGUUCCUAUUCAUAACGAUCAAGGCCUCAUGAAUAUCACUUGCUGCAUUCAACUCGACUUGCUCGUCGCUUCGCUAUCGAGCGAACUAUUCAAUGAACUUCGAACCAUUGAACAAUUGGGAUAUAUGGUUGGAGCUGAACUCAGAACAUCGGACAAUAUGAUAUUUAAAUCUAUCUUUACCUAUCUCCAAUCGAACAAACUGAAUGCGGCUCAGGCUGAUGAACGAAUCGAACUGUUUCUAAGGACAUUUUACACAAAAUUUAUCCUGCAGAAAAGUGCGGAGAAAUUUCAACAAGAAAAGGAAACGUUGAUUGUGCUCAAAAGAGCGCCACAUUUGACGUUGGCGGCUCGUGCGACAGCUCAGUGGCAGCAGAUUUUUUCAAAAAAUUUGGAUUUUAACCGUAUUGAGAAUGAAGUAGCAGCGAUUGAAAAUUUGACCAUCGAUGGCUUCCAACAAUUUUACCUUCAGUUCAUAUUACCUACAACGGCGUCGGAUGCCACUACUCGAUCAAAAUUGUCGAUUCAAUUAUUUCCACAAAAUUAUUCACUGGCAAAUCUACCCGAUUCAACAGGCGAUGCGAGACCAACUGUCGUGUUGAUGGAUGAUGAUGUACAAGCACAGAAACAAAACUGGACAGAGUGGACUAUACAAUAA